CGAAUUAUUACUUAAAGUUUACUAAACGCUUUUGGAAAGUUUUUCGCGCGAAAGAGGUAGUUCUUUAACAAAUUAAAAUAUACAUACACAAAGUUGUUGGAAUUUGAUGUUAUUUCACUCAGAGAUGGCCGACCAACCGCGGAUGCAGUUUCCGGAAAAACAACUCAAAACCAACCAUGCCCCUUCAACGACUGCAGAAAAAGACGUCGCCGCCCUCAAAGCCGAGCUAGAAAUCGAGCUCAAGAACAAAAAGCAAUGCACAUACAAACCGUACGAAUGCACCCAACUCACCCUCGACGGGUUCAAUUACUGCCUCAAACACAUCCUCCAAGACAAGGCAGCCCCCUACAGACAGUGCUCGUACAUUUACGCCAGUAACGGGAAACGCUGCCAGCUGGCAGCCCCCAAAAUCGAAAAGAAAGACUGCGGCUACUGUAACGAUCACGCAGUUAAAGUCACACUUGAGAAAAACAGGCAGAACUCGAGGCUUCAGCCGCCACAAACCGCAGAAGUCCUGAUAUAUUCGUUGGGACAUUACUUGAAGAAGCCCAGAAAUCGGGCAACUUCUGGUAGUGGAGAGGAGGCAGAGAGGGCCCUUCUGGAGGAGGCUGAAGCCAAGAGCACCAAGUGCUUGGACCCGUUCCGUGAUAUUGACGCCAAUGCCUUGUAUAACUCCACUUGUAACAACGUUUUGGACUUCUGUAGUGAGUCUGAUAGCGAUGUUGAGGCUUCAACGUUCGCGUCAGUGUGGCAUGAUGCACAGAAUGACAGUUCCGAUAACGAAAGUGUUGAUUCAGACCAGGAGGACGUUUUAAAGCACGCGAAUGUGUACACAGCUGAAGAAAUCAGUUCAAUUACGAGAGAAAAGUUAAUCAAGCUUCAGUCGUUAUACAUUGAGCAAUAUCGUCAUUUGCAGCAUGUCUUUAAGGAAUGCAAAAGAAAAUAUGUUUAUAAUUUAAGGAGGGAAAAGGAAACUUGCUGCAAUAUUUAUAACCAGAUCCGUGAAAAUCCCAAAGAACAGCGGCUUUACAAAAAACUCAAAGCGCUAAAUAAGUACCACAAACCGCACGGAGUUGAAGCGAUACUUCAUAAAAGAGAGCAUGAUUCACGCGCUAAGAUUACAGAUGGCAUGUUCUCCAAAGCGCCAGGUUACUCGCGGUGUUUGUUUACAGAAGGUGGGGUCAAGUGUGGGGAGAGAACUCUGCCUCUGGCUAGACAUUGCAGGAAACAUAUUUUAGAAGAUCAAAAUCAAGUAUUAUUCAGGCCGUGCGGUAAGAAGAGAGCGGAUGUAGAAUGUAAAACACCAGUUGAGGCGAUUUUUGAGGACAGUUGCUGCAACUUGCAUAUGGACAUACCUCCAAUUAAAUCAUAUGCGCAAUUAAGGAAAAAUUCUGAAUCCGACUUUGAGGAUUCCUUUGAAUCUCCCGAAAACAUGUUGAUGGAAGCGGUGUCAGAGUCCGACAACGUGAAGACAGAAUUUAUAGACUACGGCCCCAACUUGGAAGAAAUGAAGACCUUGCCGUCUGUUUUAUUUGAAGAGUCCAGCAUGGACGCUAGUAUUAAAAACGAAGACACGGAGAACGAAAAACCGGAUGAAGAUGUACAAAUCGACGUAGACGACGAACCUAGUCCCGAAGGAAAACUAGAAAUUGAUAUACCUGAAGAAGAUACCAAUGAUAUUAGAAUCGAAGAUAAGAUGGAAGAAGACAGUUCGCAGGAUAAACCCGCCCCGGAGCCCCCAGUUACUGAUAAUUAGUUUUAAGUUCCAAGUAUUAUUUUUUGUUACACGUUUUGUAUUCGCAAUAAAGCCAUUUGAAUUAA